AUGCUGAUGAUCCAACUAUUUCUGUUCUUGCCCCUGCUUUUCCUAUCGGCUUCCACCACUUCCCAGUCCACGGAAUUCCAGAAAUUCCCUGGGAAUCCUCGCUUUCUUUCAGCAGAAGAGCCUUCUAGAACUGCUGGUAUUAGGCUUUCGAAACCUUUAAUUGGAGAAGAUGGGAGAAUUUAUGCUUGUUCUGAGAAAAAUUUGCUUGCAUUUGAAAGUAACGGCACCAUUGCUUGGACCGUACCUUUAGGCUAUGCAUGCAAUGCUGGUAUGGCUCCAGUUCAUGGUGGUCAAGGAAAGAUAUAUCUGGUGGCAGAAAACAGAGUAGUGAAGAUCACAUUUUUGGAUAUUGGAACUUCAGAACCUGCUGCAGAAGUUUUCUUCAGCCAAGUACCAGGUGAAGAGGUUGAAAUUGUUGGGCUCUCAGUAAGCACGCUGAGCUCAUCUGUAUUUAUCAAUAUGAAGAAUCGAGGACUCUUUGCAUACACGACGCGUGGGCAACUGCUCUGGAGUGCUGGACCUGUGCUUUACCGACUUGGCUUCCGUCAAGGCUGCAGAAAAAAUGUAACAGAUUGUUUCUUUACUUCAGUGCCAAUGGUUGAUCAAUGCGAAGCUAGUAUAUAUAUUUCAAAUACUGAAGGAGAAUUAUAUUCUUUGUCUGUUCGAAGUCCUUACUUCAAAUGGAUCCAGGAUUUCAGUUCACUGGACAAAAUUUUCACCAUCACACCGGGAAACAACGGCCGUUUGUUUAUCACUGUACCAAUCAGGGCCCUCGUGCUGGCACUAGAUGUUUCUUCGGGUACUGUUUUGUGGCAGAGAAGUAUUGGUCCAUUGAGUGCAGCAGAAUGUGCACCAGUUGUGGAUUCUAAUGGUUGGAUAUCUAUUGGUUCACUGGAUGGGUUCCUUUACUCAUUUUCACCAACUGGGAUGCUUAGGAAAUUUUCAAAAGCAGAUACGGUGGAUUUUGUUGUUCAAGUUGGUCCAGUGCUUGACUGCUCUGGCUAUGCAGUUUAUCUUUCUCAGACAGAGAUGGAGGGAAAGAUUAGCCGCUCACUUGGUGAAUAUACUUAUGUCUCAGCAAUGCGACCAAAAAAUGUAAUCUUCACCUUGUUGGUUCCAGCAACUGGGUCCAUCUAUUGGUCUGAGAGCUCUGCUGGUCAGUUCUUAUCCUUAUUGUCUGAGAGUGAUCUGCGCCAGUUUGUACUCGAUGAGGGGAUCCUGCUUGCUUUCUUCGCUGUUUCAAAGAUGGGCAACCCACUGCAAUGUCGUACCAAACGCCAGAAGAUUACAUCCAGCUGCUCCCAAGCAAGCCCCAAGCAUCUCACCAUCUACACAGGUAAUGAAAGAGCAAUAAUGUUGUUCCUGCUAUUUGAAUCUGCUGCUUUGAUCAUACUAGCUGGGCUUGUACGAUUCUGUUGUAUAUUUUGGAGGAAAAAGAAGCUUCAAGGUCAAGACCUUGGAAGUUUCCUAGAAAAGAGGCGUUCUCUCCAGCUCAAAAAGAAAGCAUUUGAUAGGACAAUCACGGAGCUUGAGAGGAAAGCAGCAGAGGAGGCAGUGGCCAAUGAAGUUCUUGAGAAGUUGGGCGAUAUGGUACGAGAAAGGAAAGGCAUAGAGAGAAAGCUAUCCACAACCUACAGCUUGGGCAGGGACAGGUCGGGCUCAAAGUCAAAAUCUCUGCUCCCAAUUCAUGAUGAGAAAACAAGGAGCUACUCUUUUCAAGGUGAAAAGAAAGAAAGUGUGACAAUUUUCCACACGCUAAGUGAUACGUCUUCUAAAGAAAGCAGCAGCAGCGAGAAAGAGACCAGCUUGGGUUUUCAUGAAGAGCAAUCAGCAGCCAAGGCAAAAGCAAAGGCAAAGGCACCCAUUGAAGCAGAGACUUCAAGCAAUGAUGGGACUUUCGAAAGAGACCUUCGGGGAAGUCCAUCAGAGACCACAUCAAGUUCAGGAGGAGUCGAAUUCGUGCAAACUGAUAGCAGAUUAAGGUUAACGAGAAGAAAGACCUUGUCUUCAACUAAUUAG